AUGGCGGGCCCUUUCGGUAGGAAGGCAUCCACGCCAUCCAAAGGCCCCUCGUCGAAAACGUCUUCCGUGAAACGCGACAAAAGUAUCACCAAUUUCUUCCAGAAGACCGAUACGCCACCUGGGGCUACGUCACGCCAGCAACGCAUCACACAAUUUGUCACUGCAUCACGAUCCCCCAGCACCGGACGUGGAACUCCAGCAUCACAAGGCCCUCCCAACCCUGGAAAAGGGACAGGAGGUGGUUUGUUUAUGGAAGAUAAGAAGGGUCCAAUAAAGAUCGAAGGAACUGCGGUGGCAACCGGCACGAGCGAGCGGACACGGUCAAGGACACCUGAUGAUAUCUGGGGGGACGAAAGUCUGUUUUCGGAAACAGAAGAAACUCGAUACAAUGAGAAAAAUUCAUCUGUGAAGCGACGGAAGGUUGACCCUUCUGGAACGCCAGUGGCGAAUGGACAUUCAGAGGGGAAAAAAGCGAAGGUACCGACGAAGACGACGAACAGCGGACCCUUCAUCGAUGAAUCCGACAGCGAGGGCGAUAUGGAUGAGUAUCGCGAGCUGGAGGAAAUCCACUCACUACCUCUCAAUACGAAUCACGAAAUGCCAUCUCCUACCAAUGACGAGCCACCUGAAGAUACUGCCGACCCCGCGCAGUCGCCAUUGGUAAGAGACGCUACGACUUAUGCUGGAGAUAGAGAACAUGCGAGUUUUGACGAUUCUGAAGGAGAAGAAUUUGUAGGAGAGGAGUUCAGGGAACGCCCCUGGGAAGAGCUGGAACUAGAACAGCCCAGCAUUGAAUUUGACGAUGAACUGAACGGCUCUAUAAACGACGAAACGAAUGGUGUCCAAUGUCCGGUGUGUCAAAAAGCACUGGGUGGGCUCAAUGAGACACAAGUUUCAAUUCAUGUUAACGAUUGCUUGGACGGAAAGCCAACCUCGAUGUCUCCUGCGGUUUCAUUACAGCCGAACCCAAUUCCGACGAUACCAACGCCGGCACCGGUUGAUCCAAAUAAAAGCAUGACGCGAAUGGAGAAAGCCGCUAUUGACCGACCAGCACAGCGCGACCCAUAUUCUCAGAAUACUAGCAGCGCACGAUCUGCAUUCUCUAAAAUGAUGGCAGGCAACGCCGAAGACACAGCAUGGGCAGCGGCGGCAUCUAGCGAGGUAUCAUCCCGUGGAAAGCAGGCCUAUCAGCGAACCUGUCCAUUCUAUAAGAUUCUCAACGGAUUCUCGAUCACUGUGGAUGCCUUCCGAUACGGGGCGGUCGAAGGAUGCAACGCCUACUUCCUCAGCCACUACCAUAGCGACCAUUAUAUUGGGUUGACCAGAUCGUGGUCACAUGGACCCAUAUAUUGCAGCCGACCGACAGCCAAUUUGGUUCGGCAAAACCUUCGCGUGGACCCGAAGUGGUUAGUUGAUAUUGAUUUUGAGACUCCUACAGAAGUUCCCAAUACGGGUGGUGUGAAAGUCACCAUGAUCACAGCCAACCACUGCCCCGGGAGCUCGCUAUUUCUCUUCGAAAAAACCAUUGGCAGUGGGCCCAACGUUCGACAGGAACGUAUCCUUCACUGUGGAGACUUUCGUGCUUCUCCGGAUCAUAUUAAACAUCCAUUACUCUGCCCCGAACCCAUCAAUCCGGUCACUGGCAAGCCACGCCAGCAACGAAUCGACAAGUGCUAUCUUGACACGACCUAUCUCAACCCAAAAUAUACCUUUCCUAGCCAAGACCAAGUGAUCACAGCAUGCUCUGAACUCUGCGUCCGUUUCAACGAGGAAGCUGGCGUUGGAGCUGACAUGGGGCAGACGAAAGCUGGUGGAUUGAUGAAAAAAUUUCUGUGCACAGUUACAGGUGGCGAUCGCAAACAGGAGGAACUACCUUCUGCCGGGGGCCGUCUGCUUGUCGUGAUCGGUACUUACAGUAUCGGAAAGGAGCGAAUCUGUCUGGGAAUUGCAAAGGCUUUGGGCUCGAAGAUUUUCGCCACGCCACAAAAGCAACGCAUAUGUGCCUGUCUAGAAGAUCCCGAACUGUCGGCACUACUGACUAGCGACCCGCGCGAAGCACAAGUCCAUAUGCAGACAUUGUUUGAGAUCCGGGCCGAUACCCUGUCCGAAUACCUGGACACGCUCAAGCCGGCUUUCUCUCGAGUGGUCGGAUUUCGCCCAACGGGAUGGAGCUAUCGGCCUCCCGCGAGCCGAAUGUUGGAGAACCCCCCAGUCCCGAUAGUUCUGCGUGGUGAACACUGGCGAACGCCCUUUACAGCGCAGGAUCUGACCCCGCAACGCGGAAGCACGCGGGAGAGCGCCUGCUUUGGGGUGCCCUAUAGCGAACACAGCUCGUUCCGCGAACUCACCAUGUUCUGCUGCGCACUUAGAAUUGGCAAGGUAAUCCCUACAGUGAAUGUGGGUAGCCAAAAGAGCCGGGAUAGAAUGAAGGCAUGGAUGGACCGAUGGGAGGCGGAGAAGCGGAGAAACGGACUGUUUCCCGCGAGUGAAUGGUGA